UGCUCCAUUGUUGCUAAUCGAACUAUUUUGUACUCAUCAAUUGCUGUUUUUUUUUAACAGACUUAAAAUUAUUAUUCAAUCUUUUCCUAAAACUUUAAGAUUAUCAUUGGUAUCAACAUUGAAAUUUAACACUGUACUUGGUGACAUAAAUAGGGUUAUUCCAGAAACAUCUAUUCUUGCUUUACUGAAGAUGUGGGAAAUGUAAUUAAAUUCCAAUUCAACUUCAAUACUGACAAGCUUCAGCAUCAUUACAGUUGAACCCACCGUAGAAUCCUCCAAGUAGAACAUCUUAUUAAUAAUGUCAUUCAUUUUUAGGGUUGUUUGACCUAGCCCGUAUUUUAACGAAGCAAACAAUUUUCUUCUCCUCACAUUUUCAUAAUGUCAGUCAAUAACCAUAUUUGGCUGAAUUCACGUGAAAAGAAAAACUAAAUACUUGCUUUUUAUUUUUUAUUUACGAUUGAAAUCUUAACUGGCGUUGCCGUCAUCUAAACUCUAAAAUUACAUUAUUAUUUUUUAAUGACAUAGGCGGGAAAACAUAUGAAUCGCGUGGUCGAUUAUGUAUCGAUUACUUAAUCGAUUCGUUUAUAUUUUGAACACCGUUGACCUUGACCGUUUAAAAGGCUGCAAAUUUCAGAACUCAUCACAGAUCACAUUGCAAAACAGUCUUGAAGCCAACAGGUGAUUCCUUGGAAGUUGUCAUUGUUUUUUGUAGCUAAUGCUCAAAUCCACAAAUAACAUAAGAAAACAUCACUAACAAUGGAACAAGUUUCCCUGAGACCAAGUUCUGCUAAACAAGAAAAGACUUUUGUCAGUGUGUUUCAUGAGCUUUGUAAAAAAUUUGAGUUUGGAGUAGCCAAGUAUAGCUUGGCGGCUGAGCUUCCCCACAGUCGAACUUUCUUGAUGAAUUUGACUGUAGACAUUUUGGGCAUUACAGUUCAAGGCAUUGGCUUAACCAAGAUGCAAGCAAAGCAUGAUGCUGCCUAUAAAAUGAUGUUUCAAAUCAGGGAGACUUAUCAAGCCGGUGGAACUAUCAACACUGUCCCCAGAGUAAAACUCGUGAACUGCUGUGAAUGGCUGGAAAAAUUGGGAACACUAAAGGAAGACAUACCCAAACCACCAACAGAACCAACUCUAAAUCCAGCUGAGGUUCUCACAGAAUGGCGCUUGACCAGACACAGCACUCUUCCUGAAUACAGGGUUGUUCGAACUUCAGGUCCUUCUCACUCCAAAACAUAUUUUAUGACUUGCAAGCUUAGUGAACGUGUCACUGAAGGUGAGGGAAAGUCAAAGCAGGCAGCCAAAAAUGACGCUGCCGAAAAAAUGCUCCAAAUUCUGGAAGACGAAGAGUUGUAAUAGCUUUUCCGAGAAACGUGAUUUCAAAGUGGGGUUGGAUAUGGAAAACGAUGAACUUGUAAAAAUUUGUCCCGGUCAGUUCUUGUAUUUAGGGCCUACACAUUUUCGCUGUAGUAGAGGUAAAGCAACAUUCAUGUUGAUUGUUUAAAUUGAAAUAUGGACUCGUGGCCUUGUAAUUUUGCUGUACGUAUGUAAAAUAUUAACGGUGCUUACCAUUCUA